GGCUUUGCGCCGAGCUGCGGGCAGGGCCGAGGCCUCGGGGCGGUCGGUGCGGGCGUAGGGCUCCCGUUGGUGCUGGCGGCUGAAAUAAACGUAGGGCGGCGCGGCCGGGCGCUGGGCAGGGAGCUGAGCAACCCCCCUGCACCCGGGGGCCCUGCUGGGGAUACGCCAGUGCUGAGGAGCCGGGGGAGCGAGGCCAGGCACGGAGCUGGGGCCGCGAGCGAAGGAGAAGGGAUGGGCUGAGUUCUGCAAGAGCUGCCCGCCCCGCGAUCCCUUCUCUUGGCUUGUUUUUUUUUUUUUUGGUAACGUAACCUGGUUCAGUUUCUGGAGGAGUUGUUAGCAAGCAAACGGAGGUUUAAGGUGCUGCGAGCAGGCUGCCCCUCGGCCGGUGCGGGCGGCGUGAGGAGCUGCUGGUGAGAAGGGAGCGGGGCUCGCUCUGCACGGAACGGGGUCUGUGAACGGAGCGGCCUGGGGAGCGCGAGGCUGGGCCUGGACUUUCCUCCUCCCCCGUGUCCAUAAGUUAUUUCAGGGUGAAGUAGUAGGAAAAAGAAGGUUUGGGCGUCAGAGUUGUUGGAAGGAAACGCCAACAAAAGGACUCUUGGGUGGCUUCUGGCAAGUCUACCAGCUCGAGUAGCGAACUCCGAGACCUGACGCUGGAAGUUUGGCUCCCCUGGCACAAGAGCCGUCCGCGAAACUCUCUGUGGGAGCCUAGGUGGUGGUGUCGGGUGGUUUAUUUAAAAAGCCAAGGAGAAAAGGGGAUAGAAGACUUCGUAACAGUUCUUGCUUGGCUGCUGUGCUCAAAUCGCCGCGCCAGAGCGGAUACAAGCGAGACCCGCAGAGCUCCUCGUGCAGGGCCGAGCGCUGGGCACGGCGUGCCGGCGGCGGGCGAAGAUGGCGGCCUUCAAGCGCAGCCGCGCGCAGGCCUGGCCGGAGGAGCGGGGCGACCGGGAGCACGGGCUCUACAGCCUGCACCGCAUGUUCGACAUCGUGGGCACCCACCUGACCCACCGCGACGUGCGCGUGCUCUCCUUCCUCUUCGUGGACGUCAUCGACGACUACGAGAGGGGGAUGAUCCGCAGCGGCCGGGACUUCUUGCUGGCGCUGGAGCGGCAGGGCCGCUGCGACGAGACCAACUUCCGGCAGGUGCUGCAGCUGCUGCGCAUCAUCACGCGCCACGACCUGCUGCCCUACGUCACCCUCAAGCGGCGACGGGCCGUGUGUCCGGACCUGGUGGACAAGUACCUGGAGGAGACAUCCAUCCGCUACGUGACGCCCCGGGCUCACAGCGACGCGGAGCACGGCCUCGGCCACCCCCACAAAUCAGUGCCUCCCCACCACCCCGUGGUCUGCUGCUCCUCGGCGGGGCCGCAGAUCUGCACCAAGAGGCCCGGCCGCGGCAGGGCCCCGCUCAGCAGCCAGCGCAAGCGGAGGAAGUCGGUGACGCCGGACCCGAAGGAGAAGCAGACCUGUGACAUCCGCCUGCGAGUCCGAGCCGAGUACUGCCAGCACGAGACGGCGCUUCAGGGCAACGUCUUCUCCAACAAGCAGGACCCCCUGGAGCGCCAGUUCGAGCGCUUCAACCAGGCCAACACCAUCCUCAAGUCCCGGGACCUGGGCUCCAUCAUCUGUGACAUAAAGUUCUCAGAGCUCACCUACCUCGACGCGUUCUGGCGCGACUACAUCAACGGCUCGUUGCUGGAGGCCCUCAAGGGCGUCUUCAUCACGGACUCGCUCAAGCAAGCCGUGGGCCACGAAGCCAUCAAACUGCUGGUCAAUGUGGACGAGGAGGACUACGAGGUCGGGCGCCAGAAACUCCUGAGGAACUUGAUGCUGCAGACGGCCCCCUGACGCCCGGCAGCUGGUGGGAUCCGAGCUUUUCUUCUCUAUUUUUUGUUUUUCUAAAAGAAAAGGAAAAGAUCAUUUACUCCCCGGCUGGACUCCCGCCUGGCUGGGUGCGGCCAUGGGGCCCGGCGCGGUGCGAGGAGCCGGGCCGGAGCCGGGAGCCGCGGGGAGCGCCGGAGGCUUACGUGUUCUCACCCCUUUCCUGUCCUGUCACCUUCUCUCUUGCUUCGUUUCCUUUUUCUCUUUUAUUUUGUAUCCAUUAAAAGAAAAAAAAAGGCGAAAA